AUCUAUGCACUUAAUUCAUGUUCUACUUUGAGUAUCAUCUUGUUCCCUUGACCACUUCUAGGAAUGAGCUUUUAGGAGGAAAAUAUAGUACAAAGACAAGCUACCACGCUGCUAGUACUUAGUCUUGUCUGCCUGUAACGUCUUAUAGCACAACACUUGCUCAUCUCCCUCACAUACUUGACUUGACUGCACUGAACUUCACGUCACUAUCACUUCACGUCACGUCACUGCACUUAGCUUCACUGCAUUUCACUUCACUUCCCGUCACUUCCUCUCACUUCACUUCCCUUCACUUCACUUUGCUCCUUUACUUUGGUUCAACUUCACUUCACUAAAUAGUUCGGUGGAGAGGUAAGUUUACGCUACGUACACAAUAAUAAGAUGUUAGCAAAGUUGUGGCGUCACAAAGGUUCCGGAGAGGCGCGGGAGAGACCUCAUGCACAGCAGAGACCUCAUUCACAGCAGAGACCUCAUGCACAGCAGAGACCUCAUGCACCGGAGAGGCCUGAGACGGAGGAGCACUUCAUCUUCUACGAUGAUCCGGGGGAUCUGGUAUGGUUAUAUUGCAUUUCCUUUCAGAAUACUCCACUAAUAUUGCUUCUACGAUGUUGAUCCGGGAGAUUUUCCGGGAAAUUUUAGAGAGUAUAGAGCACUUCUUUGCAGAAUUGAGUCAAAGUUCAUUCUUUCGUCCUAUUUUAUCCUCUUCCUGAAGAAGAGGAUGAUCAAUUAAAUUUUCAAUCCUCCUCCUCCAGGAGGCUCCUCAACAGCAAAGUUCGUCCUUAUCCUUUGAUGAAGAGACAUCCAUUCGUUCAAAUCAGGCCGCUCGCAGCACGGACAGGCCGCGAGGUGGGUCUAAGGUGUCCUUGGGUGGUGCUUCCAGCAGUGGUUCAGCUUUGUGUCGGUUGUACGAACCGCCACCCAAGCUACUGGACGAGUCCGGAGGUCGUAAAAGCCCUUUGCAGAUACGGCAGGAAAAAGCAAUGCUUAAGGCUUGGGACAUGUUGUCUAAUUCAUCAAUCUGAAGUAGUUAACGCAAGUAAAUCGAGAUCGACUCACUCGCUCAUUCAUAAUUGAGAGGCAAUUCAUCACUCGUACUUAGAGAGCAUCUUUCCUCUUACUUAGGAGGGUGAAUUUAGGAUUACGAGGUAAGCUCUAACAUUGACAACGCUUCGCUGGGGAAUAAAGUGAUGCAGCUUAUUGGAGGGACUUUGGCGCCCCAGCACUAUGGCGAGAAGCUUGAGGUGGGUGAUGAAGCAUGUGAAGAAGCAAGUGGAGGUCAUCCUCAGCAUGGUGGUGGCAUGAAUGCGGGUGAAGGCUCCGAGUCCGAGGACAAGCAGGUAGAAGUGAAUCUGGGAAAGCUGACUGCUGGGGCGUUGCGGAUUUCCUCCGUUCAUGCGGGAAAACUUCAGCAGAGUGCGGGAAAACUUGUGAGUCCCUCUAUUGCAGAAGCAGACAAGGAGGACAAGGACAACCAGAAGGAGAAGAGUGCUGUAGUUGAAUCUGCGGCGGAGCAGGAAAAAAAGGAGGAAAGUAAGAAGUCUUCAGCAGGUCAACCUGGCGUUGGCGACCAAUACCAAAAGAAAUCGUCGAAAAAGAAGGAGCAAGAGAGAGAGUACGUUCGUCUUUUCGAGCCGUCUGCUGCAGUCCUGAAAACGCAAUUAGAACAUCAGGAGGAGACGAACAUUGCCAAGCAAGUUGGGGACGCCAUGACCAACUGCAUCGAUUUUCUGAAGGAUCAGACGCACUAUCCAAAGUUUACCAAGAUGAAGCAAGGCCAAGUUUUAUUACCUGGAGGUACCGACGCGUCGGCAUUGACUGGGGAGGAAGCGAAUCAAAAACUCAUGGAAGAGCACAAGAGGCAACAAUUGGAAAAAAUCGCGUCGCAGUUGAACCAGACAUCUUCUGUUAAGGCUCAAUACUAAUUCAAGGCAUUUUCCGCCCAAUAGAUGUUCAAUAAGUAUUCAUUUCUACGCACAAGGCAUUUUUGUUUUUCCCUCUACUUUCCUUUUUAGGAUUCAUUGGGAGAAAUGCAGACCACAAGAAAUGAAUUGCUUCGAAGACUCUAAUUCAGGUGGCAGAGAUUCCUCAACAUCUGCUUCCGGUGGUGGCAAAGCAGCUUCCUCGACGGUGCAUAAUCCGAUAUUGGACCGUGCUCUGUCUCAGGUCGGCUUACAUCCGACCGAGGUGCAACAAAAAUAUCGAGAGUCCAGGCGAUCAACGACUUCUACUCUUGGUGGGGUGUAUCUGGAUGACGAUAAUGAAGAUGGCGCAGUAAAAACAUCAUUAAUAUCUACUAAUGCGAAUAUGUUGAACGACGCUGGAGGAGGUACUCCGAACAAAAAUACAAGAAAGCGAGGGUCUACUUCUUCAAUUUCAGCAACUGAUCGUUUAUCCCAAGCUUCUGAAAAAGUUUCCGUCUUUCUGCAGAAAGCCUCUGAACAGACAGAAGGGUGCUUACCGACUCGCGAAGCUCUCUUGCGCUCCAUGGAAUGUCCAGACCCGGACGAUGAGAAUCAAAACCGUUUCGUUAUCCUCAUCUGCGAGUUGCUGGCCAUCUUCCGGCAAUUCUCAAAACCCUGCUUACCAGGUGCUGGACAAGAUGGAGGUUCUCCUUCGGAAGAUGCAGAGACGAAUAGAGGGUCUCCUGGGUCUCCAACUUCUAGAGCUUCUAAAAAUGCCAGAGCUGGAGGAGGUAAGGGGAAGACUUUGGAUACGUCCUCUUCGUCGGACGCGAUCGACGAGGUUUCGAAAAUCAAAGAGGACAAAAUCACAAGGGUCCUGCGACUGCACGAAGCAAGAAACGACUCCGCGAUUCACGAAAUUUUCUCACGCAAAAAACUAGAUAGAAGUAGCAGCUGUCCUCCGACACUUGCUGAAGAGGCAGCUGCUGACGCACAAGUGCUGCUUGGAGCUGCAUCUACUCCUGAUACACUGGGGAAGGAACUCAAGACUCUGAAAGUCGAACUGGAGGAGAAGACGGACAUUGAGAAAGUAAGCACAAACGUCUCUAGAAGAGGCUCAAAACUCGAAAAAUCUCAAACUGCCGCAGUGGAUAUUAUAUGGAGGCCUACUGGCGAUCUUGAGGACAAUCAUGCGGUAAAGCUUGACGAGGCGGAGACGACCAGCCCUCGUCAGGCACAAGAAGAGGCAACUUCAACUCCUUCUAGCAAAAUUGGCAUUUUUGAGACAAGUGCAACCGGAGUCACUUCUUCAGCUUCUGCUACAACAAUGAAGUCUUCGCCUGCUGCUCUUGAGCGGGAAAAGCGACGCAUGGAAUCAAUGGGGAGGGAGACUUCGGCAAAAGCACGGAAGAGCACGAACGUGCACUCAUGUCCAAACGUUGUGAGCCACUCUACAAGCGUGGUCCAGGCAUCAAGCACGGCCACUUCUGCAACAGCGACUCAGGAAAUCACGGUGGAAGCGGAAAGAGAAAACCCUCCAGCUGCAACUCCUGCGCAAGAGGUUACUCCUGUCCGCGUGUUUCGAAGUAGCAACAGCAUUAUCUAUCGAAGCAGCAACAGCAUUACCUAUAAAAAUCAACUUCUGAACAACGCUACGAAGGAAGUCGGAGUUGUGAAGAAGGACAUCUCCGAUCUCAUCUGCAAGAACAGGAAAGAAGAAGAUGCAAAUGCAGUUCUGGUACCUGAUGAUGGCAAAGGCAAGGAUACAACAACUCGAACUCUUGGUAGUGCGGACUACAGUGUGAAUGGUGAGGCGCCAAGUAGCGGCACAAGUGUAGUCGCACCUUCUAGGCCCACGUUGGAGGAAGCCAAGAGCUCACCGGCCCGGCGUCCCAAUGCAGCUCAGAGGGAAGCAAGAAGGUCUUCGAGAUCUCAGAAACGGAAACGGGGAGGCAAGAGCGUGGCGCAGCAAAGUGCAGCAGCUGUACCGAGCAAAUCGCCAACCUAUUCUCCGGCACGAGUGUUGACCCCUAGUGCUACUAGUACGAUCAUAUACCCGCAUUACAUGAAACCCUUAGGUACAACUAGUGGGGUUCCCGGAUUAAGCUUAAAAUACCAGCAAAGUUCGACUAUAACAUCUGGAGUUGUUGUUCGAACAUCUUCUACAAGUACAGGAUCAACAUUAAGUGCUGCGGGUGACUCGUCCUUGACAGCAGCAGGGUCCUCCUUAACCGCAGCAAGCAGAGUAGGACCUCAGCACGGCCAACAGCUCACGUCUGAGUUCAAUCGGCUUCCUGGCGUUAUCGCGGUUUACCCAAAAGACUUGGGGCCCAUUGACGUGCCGCCUUUGUUCGUCGUCGAAAAAAAGAUGCAGCAGCAAAACGAUCUACGCGCAGCUGCCCUACAGGAUACCGAAAGGAAUAACGAGGCACUGGCAGAAUCCUCGAAGAAGAAAGCCGGUCUGCAACUCUCGAGCAACAGUAAGUCUACUACGUCUGCUCUUGAAGCUAGUCCUGCUCACAGGGCUAUAAUUCCUCCAACAACACAAGCUGCACAGGUUACUGCGAUUGCCUUGGAGGAAGACGAAACUACUUUAGUUCCUACGAAAAGCAAAAAAUUGAGGAGCCCAAAAUCCCGCUCGCGAGGUCAAAACGAGACUGCUGAGAGCAUUAUUAGCGCACUAGCGCCUCCAACGAUCGCAGUAAGGACAACACGAAAAUCGGAGGCUCUUAGGGCGACUUCAGCGACGAAAAGACGGUCCAACAGUCAGACGGACCCGGGAGACACCCGGACACCCUCCCGGGCCCCAGAGGAGCGGAUUAGCAGUAAUGGGAGACCUCUGUCGUUGCGUAGAUCACGUAGUCCAGUGCAGAGAGCAGAGUGGAUAUGAUAUGGUGUAUGCGUAUCUACGGUCGAAAGAGCAGAGUUGAUAUGAUAUGGUGGACGCACAUCUACUUCUGGGGAAAGAGCGGAGUGGAUAUGACAUGACUUCUUAGGAAGCGGCAUCUUCGGGGGAAAGAGCAGAGUGGAUAUGAUAUUUUCCCUACAUCAAUUCAUUUUCCCUACAACGAGAAUACGUGGGCCAGUGAAAAGAACGGAUCACAACUUCUUAGAAAGUACUUCAAUGGAGUUCGCAACAUACUUAAUACUUGCAAAGACGAAAGCGAGAGCGAAGUACACUUACAAGAAUACUAGAGGUAGAGCAACUGAUUAUCUGAAAUUAGAAAGAGAAGACUAGGCACAGUUACAGCAGGAGCACUAACAUGUCAUAGAGAAAAACAACAAGGUUGCGGAAAAGAAAACGAUCACUUUUUUUGAAUUUAUCGAACUCGCUUUUUGAACUAUUCGAACUCAUUUUUUGGAAAUGGCGGGUCUUGCAAAGGCAAGUCUGUAAGGCUGUUACAAUCUAAAAUUUCAUUCAUAAGUAGUUCUUGAUUGUCACGACAAACCGGUGACUCAGAAACCCACUCCUACUUGGUGAUAAAUUCAGAAUGAUGUAGAGCAGCAGACGAGGCGUUAGUUUUUUCUAUACUCUGGUAUUUUCUAGGAUAUUGUUCGUUUGUGUUACAGAUUUAGAUAUUAGAUAGUAGUGAAAAUCAAGAUAAUGGGAGCUUAUUUUUUCAAACGCAAUCACAAACGCAUAAUCAUAGUCAAGAUAACACGAGACCAACGAAGGGCCUUGUGGGUCGUCCAAAUCAUGGCGGCAGAGGCGGACAAGCAUUUGGACCCGACGAGGACUCUGCCUGUUUUUUUGAAGAGACACGGACACCCCAAAAAGCCGGUGGCG